UUUGACAUGGUAGCUUGCACGGAAAUUCAAGUAAAAUUCCGCAUUUUCAUUAAUAAUUAGCAUUUGGGGUGAUUUUUGUACAAUAAAUAAGGGAUAAUGAGGGAUUUCUGUGGGGUUGAGAGGACAUUAAAAGGUAAAAAACCGGUAUUUCUGUGAAAAAAAUUGACAAGAGACGGCGAAUGUGUGACAUUAGUGACAUGGGGGAUUGAUUUGUGAUGAGGGGAUUCCUCUGAGAUUAUUGAAUUUUGUGUGCGGUAGCUGCAGAAAUCCUGCACAAAUUAUCCUACAACCCAUCCUUGAUGCUGUGCGGUGUGAGUGGUGAUAAAUUUUAGAUGGUCGCGGUGCGUGUUGAGCCGUCCUCGGGGUUUUUGUACGCGACGCACAAAUGUAAAACACAAGCAGGUGGACGGCGAAGAGAAAAAGACACGGAGACAAGCAAAUAAUUGGUGGAAAAUACGACGACUUAAAUUUUGCUGGAACUCUCUUUCUUCCGUGGCAAUGCUCCUGUGAAUUUUCAUUUAAACAAAUUCAGUGGCCCCCCAUCUGCGUGUGUGUGUGUGUGCCGUGAGAAAAGUGUGGCAGGAAAAGGCCCCCGAGUGUGAAACACUUUGAAAUUUUCCUUGAGUGUGUGUGUUGGUGUUUUGCUUUCCAACUCGAAGACAUCCCACCCCGUAAUCCAAUUGGGAUGCUAAACUGAGAGAGGCAAGGAGAUACUUCCGCGGCCAUUGAAUUUCAUCCGGACACACCGAAAAGCAAAGUAGCCGAGCUACUUGGAUUCCCCAUUUUGCCCAGGCAGGAUCUGUGGCAGUGAUUUGAGUAGCACGGGUGUCUUCGUUUCUGCACCUCCUGCAGCACAGUCGGUGUGCUAAAAAGGGCGAGACCAUUAAGUGUCCGUCAUCGACUUUCUGCAGCGCGCAGUGAGGAAGCAGUGCAAGAGAGAGAGAUAAAAGGCACGUCAGAAGCCUCAAUUAAUAAAAAAAGAAGAAUAUAUAUUUUUUUGUUGUACAUCGCGGUGCACAAGGAGAGAAUGGGGCCAAUGCAGCAGCGAAGAUGUUGAAUUUCCACAAUUACAACAUCAUCGUCGCGGCACAAAUGUCAUGAGAAUUGAGAUGCAAUUGCGGCAAACGACAGAGAAUCAAAUCAAAAUCAAUUUCACCAAUAAUAAAACUUCAACAAAAUGUACAAAGAUGACGGAGGAGAGCGAUACUAUAAGAAAUGGCAUGAGUGUAAGUGUAAAUGGUGGUGGUGCCACACAGAAUGGUGCUUCCGGAUGCAAUAGUAAAACAUCAACAGGAGGGCGAUUGCAAUUCUUCAAGGAUGGAAAAUUCAUACUGGAGUUGGCGAGUGCACGAGAGAAUGAGAAUGGACGGACGGCAUGGGUUGCGGUGCCGAGGAAAACUUUCUGGCCACCGACAGCACCUCCCUUCACCAACAACUACAGCAAUUGCAACAAAAAUGAGAGCUCCACAUCGCUAAGCUUCUCAGACGAUAACAGCUCAAUACAAUCGUCACCAUGGCAGAGAGAUCAUUGCUGGAAACAAUUGACUCCGCGUCGGAAUAUUUCCCAGGAAAUGUCGAUGCUGUACAUCCGUCCUGCGAGUUUGCAUCUGUCCAAGGAGGGAAGGCGCCUUGCAAAGGUGAAGAAGCGUCGGCCAUAUGAUGUUGCAACGGCCCUAAACAAGAUAAUCUUCUCCCGUUGCCACAAUGGUGUUUCUUCACCAACAAAGUCUGAUGUGACAAUUAAUGAUAAAGACUGUACCGAUGCUGCUGCACCGUCACUGGCGUCAGUUGCACCGAGUGCUGCACCCAAGGUGGAAGUUAAGGAGGAGGAGGAGGAUGGUGAGGGUGAGGGUGAGUGUGAGAUGGCGGAUGCGGAGGCCGCUGGUGAAGGUGGUGUUGUUGACAAUAAGAAAAUGGAUGAUGAUGAUGCGGUGCACACAGUGAAAACAAUGAAGACUGUGAAAAUACUGAAAAAUAAAAUUCCACUGAGCACAAUUGUGCAAAAAUUGAUGGACAGACUCCCCACAGGACUGAUUUUGUUGACAAAGACCCCGGCUCUCGUGGCGAAUCAUCACUUUUCGGCGUCGUCGUCACCAAAAGUGGAUAAUGCCCAUCAUCAGCAGCACGUAUCACCGCGAAAGAGAAUACUCAGAGAAUUUGAGAGGGUAUCCCUCGAUGAUACAUCAUCGCAAUCAAUGAAGCGCCAUCGUGCCAAGAAUUCCACAAAUACCGUCGUGGUGAGCUCCACAAGGAGUGUUGCUACAGCGGCACCAUCUUUCCAAAGUGGCACAAAUGCACCAAGUGCAAGUGCCACGGUGAUCAGUAAAACUGUCAUGCCGAAUGGAAGUGGUCACGAGGCAGCACCACCACCCACAUCCCACGACGCAGUGGCUGUGACAUCGUCGUCGAGUGGGCAGUCUGCUGCAGUCUCAAAGCCAAUAAGUAGCUAUAGUAUUAUUUCGUUACUCAGUCACAACAACAGCAAGACAACAACAAAUGAUAAGAAUCCUUCCACUAGUCAUGCCAAGGAGCACGAAUCCACAGUCUCACCAACGAGCCCAUGUGACAUGCAGAGUAGAUUGCCGCCGAAGAAGAAACAAUCUCCACCGUAUGGGAAUAGCAAUUGGUCCCCAAAGCCCACAGGGGCCACGGCGGGUCAGCGACAAAAUAGUAGCCCAUCACCAAAUGUGGGUUCACCGUCGCACAGCUACAACCUCAUGCGAUCACCGGACCUUAGUCCGAGUCCUGAGCAACAGCACUCACUGUCGCGCUACAAGUCACACUACACGGGGCUCCACUAUUCCGGGACGGCGGGUGGUGGUGGUGGCACCGGUGGUUCCACGACGGCGUAUCAUCCAUAUUUGACUGCACGCGGUUCACCAUCGGGUGGCACAUCGUCGCCAUCGUCGGAGACGUACAACAGCCGGUAUAGAUCAUCAAGUAGCUACGUCUCCGGUUCACCACAACACAAUCGUGCCAACAAUAAUUCUCCAUCAUCUUCAUCCCCAUUCUCACGGUAUUCCCCCAUUCCGAAUUCAUCAGUGACUGGAUCGUAUCAUCAUCCACCUGUUUCACCGCAGCACUUUGGGGCGAAGGUACCGUAUUCCACAAACCACCCCUAUGGUGCCCCGGUGUCGGCAUACAGCAACAAUCGACUGCGUUCCACGUCCCCCUGUCGAUCACCAUCGACGGCGGAUGCACAGAACUCAUUGCACAAAAAGACUGCGCAAUCCACCACCAGUAAGCUCCACAGAUCCCCAGUUGCGUCUCCACAUGCCCAUGAAACGUCCUCCACUAGUGGUGGUGGUGGUUACAUGGGUAGCAGCAGUAGCAGCAGUAGUAGUGGAAAGAGGACGUCAUCACUGUCACGGGACACAACAAAGUCUGAUGGACGAAAGUACAAUGAGGAGUCAGAUCGUCUUGUUGGUGAGGAGGAUGUGAGGAUGAUGAAGGAUGAGUAUUUGUCGAAGGAGCAUCAUAUAAAGCGUGAUGCAACACCGCCAGACACCGAAAGGGCUGAGAGGAUGAAGUUCUCAAAUCAGGAAUUGGAGUAUUUGGCGGCAUUCUCAAAAGCAAACUCCCACCACCUCCUGUCGGGUAUUGAUAUGGCAUUUGCAGCUAUGAUCCGUCCACCUCCGUAUUUAAUGUAUCCACCAACGCAUAGUGGUUCACCACUGCAUGCACAGCCACCGCCUGGACUUGCUGCCUUCCUGCCCACGCCACCGUUCUUCAGUCCAAUGUACCCAGCUGCGGCAGCUUCUGCGAUGUAUCGGCAGCAAUCGUGGCUGCACUUUCCCCCGCUUCCCAGUGCAUCGCGUCUCCCAUCAGCUAGUCUGCUCCCCUACGAUGCAGCCGGUCUCGGGCCAUCGGCACCGUCCGCGACCUCCCCAUCGGCCGCAUCUACAACGCCCUGGGGCUCUGUGCCACACAAUCACGGACUCGGGACAACUGAUAAUUCCACUGUACUCGAUAGGAUCAAAGAUGAGCCAAGUUCAGAUGUCCCGCUAAAUCUAUCCAAACAUUAAAUUUUUUUUUUUCGAAAAAGGGGUCCAUAAAGAUAUUUAGAGAAAGUAUAUGGAAGCAACUUUAAAAAGGCAUCAACAUUUUACAUGAGAGCAUUAGUUUUAGAAAGAAGAGAAAAAAAGGUAAUAUUUUAUUACAAGUAUAAUUAUAUAUAUAUUAUAUAUACACUUUUAAGAAGAAAAUAAAAAAAAGAAAAUAUAUACAUACAUACAUGAAUAAAACUUACAAUUAUUAACACGAAAAAUAUGUAACGUAAUAUAACUUUGAGAAUAAGAUUUGAUAGAGGAGACGAAAAGGAAAAAUAAAAAUAAUGUAAAAAAACAAAGAAGCGAAGAUACUGCAAAGUAAAAAGAAAUUUAAAGAAAAAACACGCAUUAUUUAAUAGAGAAAACUAAAAAAAAAGUAGAAAGUGACGUAAUGAAGACGGAAUCUCAGCGCUAAAUUUAUAGACUGAAUAUAAUGGAAAAAAAGUGAAAAUUAAAUAAAAAGAUAUAUAAGUAGAUUCAAGAAAACAACACAAAGAUUUAAGUUACAAUAAUAAAAAAAACAAACAUUUUUCUUUUCCAAAAGUCUAGUGCCUUUGAAAAGAAAAUAAGAGAAAAAAAAAAACAAUUUUUGUAACGAAACUGGGUCUUUUUACUCUGCAUAUGGAAGAUUAAAAAAAAAACAAACAAAUCGCAUAACAAUGAAUAAAAAAAAAUAAAUUGGGGUUUAAAUAUGUUUCAUGAAAAAAAAAAAUGAUAAUAUAUGCCGAAAAAAUUGACACUAUACAGCAAACUUUUAAAACAUUAUAUAGAACAAAGUAUAUAUUAACAGAUUAUUAUAUAGAGUGAAGAAAAAAAUAUUUUAGUAAUGAAUAUUUAAAGAAAUUUGCGAAUAGGGCCUUAAGAACAAAAAAAAAUGAAAACAUAAAUCUAAAAAGAGAGAAAAAAAGAUAAUUAAAAAAAAAUUAAAAAACAGAGGAGAAAUAUUUUUAAUAUUUACUUAUUGAUCAAAGAAUUUUAUCACAAAUUCAAACAAAUGAAAAAAAAUUGAAAAGAUAAAACAUGACGAAGUAAUGUGAUUAAAUUUUGUACAUAGGGAGAUAAAUAAAAAAAAAGAAAAAAAUAUUUAUACAUUUAUAUACAUACAAAAAAGAGGAUAAAAAAUCAUUGAAAUGUGCAAUUAAAUAUCGUGUAUUUUUUUUUAGAAGGAAACAUGAAAGAUCUUAAAUAUCAAAAUUUUUAUUCCACCCCCGCAUAAGAUGAAAAAAAAAGAACCCGUAUCAAAAAAAAUUAAUCAAUUGCCAUUAAAGAAAAAGUGGACUAUAAAAGAAGAAAAGAUUUCUCUUAUGUAUUUCAUGAGACAUAUUUAAUAAGUAUAUUGUGCUUGAUAGUGUUUCGUGUGCAUUUGAAAUCUUUAAUUUUUUUCAUAUUAUAAAUUUUUACUAUACAUCAUGUAUGGACGGUACCUACAUAAAUAGGAAGAAAGGUAGCACGUGGAGGAGUUUAUCGGAUAAAAAGAAGGCGACAAAAUGCAUUUUUUGCAGCAAAAUUAAUAAAAUCUUCAUUCAGUACAGUGAUGGACAUAAAAAUGGAGAUCCAACUUUUUCAACAUUUUUUUUUCAUUAAAAAAAAGUUAAUUUCAGGCAGAAACUGCUAAGACAGUAAAGUACAAACUUCUAGUAAAAUGAAUCAUUUCAUUUCACAAAAAACAGUUUAUUUUUUCGACCAUUAUUGUAAGGUAAUCCCAGUAAAAGAGAAUUUACCAAAAAUACUUUUUUGUGAUAAAUUUCUUAAGUAAAUCUCUCUUUUUAUGUCCAUAACUGUAUAUGCUGCAAAAGGGAAAAAAAUUAACUAAAAAAAAAUAAAAUUAGACUUCAAAUCGAAGUAAAAAGCACAAAAGAAAUGAAACGAGAAAUGGAUAAAUUUAUGUUAUUAGGAUUCAUCUAAGCUUCAAUUUAAUUUAAUUUCAACAAAAUUUUGUCUUUAAAAUCCAUGUUUUUUUUAAAUCUCUUUUUGUUUUUAAAUCAAUAGUGCCAAAAGUCAAUGCUUGUUUAUUCAUAAUGUUGGAUUAAUAAAAUAAAAGACUGCAAGAUGUUCUUUGCAAGACUUCUUGUUAUUUUCAACCCACGGAAUGAAUAAAUAAGUAGAAAAAGAAAAUAUUUUAGAACAAAUACAAACCAAUUUUAGUGGAGAGAAUUAAAAUUUUAAUUAAUUCCCUCGCUCAUGUCUAAUACAACAAUGUAAAUAUUAUAUUUUUUAUGUUUAAUAUUUUGUCAUUUAUUUAUAUAACAUGAAAAAAAAGAAUCAUUCGAAAUAGUUGAACAAAAAACAGCAUAAUUCUUUAAUGUAUUAUUUUAUUUUCUAUAUAAAAAAAUCGCAUCGUAAAAAUAUUUAUUUAGAUUUUAUUUAUAAAAUAAUUAAUCCGAUAAAUAUAAUAUCUUUCCAUUUUUUUUUAAAUAAAUUUAAGACAAAAUAGCGAUCAUAAAAUUGACAGAGAAAGAAAGAUUUUCUGGACCAAGAAUAAAAACCGAGAUGAAGGAUUAUAAAUUGUGAGCUUAGCUGGACUAGUAGCCAAAAUUCCUAUUUAAAGAAAAAAAAAACAAACAAACGAAAGAGAAAUGAAUAAAUAAAAGAAAAAAAAGACAUUACUAACGUACAUGCAAAAAGUAAUAUUAAUGAAGAGAGAAAAAAUGGAUUUAAAAAUUCUUUAUUUAUAGUGUGUAGAGAACAUGAGUAUUUAAUAAAAGAAGAAAAAGGAAAAGAAAAGGAUAAAAAUAAGUAAAACGGUGAGAAUAACAAUUAAGGAGGAACAAUGAUGUGGGAGUAUGAUUAGAAAACUGUUAUGUUCGCGCACAACAUAAAAGGUAUUUCCACUUAUAUAAAAAAAUGACCGAAUAGAACACAAAAAUUUUUAAGCUAUCUUUAUAUUACAUACAUAUAUUGUCGUCUAAGAAAAAAAUGUAGUGUAACAUAUUUAUACAAUUUCUGUAUUUUUAAAUAAAACUUUGGAAAAAAAUCAAAAAA